CUAAUUGAUUUGCCGUGGCUCUCUUUAUCUUCCACGGUAGGUCAUCAUCUCCCCAAUAAACUCUCCUGCCAAUUGAUUUUUCAUGGAUCUCUUUAUCUUCUACGGCAGAUUAUCUCCAUCCUUCCACCAAACAAACACAACCUGGAGAUGCGGACCUUGAGGCCCUGCGCCAUGGAGAGGAUGGUCAACAUGGUUACUUGACGAAGUGGCCCUCCACAAGCCCAAACCUGAAGAACCUGCACAGGAUGGCAGCACCAUCUUCAUCUGCAGAACGUGCAGUCGUCGCCGAUCCACCGCUCAGGCCAGAAUCUGGCUGUCUUGGGGCCCAGUUGUACUCCAUCCGCCCCAUGGAGUUGGGCAGUAAUUCAUCAUCCACCGACACGUAUCUUGGUGUCGUCCGGGAAGACCUUUCCUUCGAUGGCGCCGUUGACCUCGCCUACGAGCCGUAUUGGCGAAAUUUGGAGUUCCUACAAGUUAUUAAGUAUUGGGCGAAAUUUGGAGUUCCUUAUGUGCCUCCCACGCUCACGCCAUCCGAUUCAUGUCAGGGAGGUUCUUACCAAAUGUCUCCACACAAGCUUUGUGGAUUGGAACUAGGAGUGCAAAUUAGUUUUCUCUAUUAAGGAUUUGAUAGUGAAGGUGGUCCUAUAACCUAUUUCCACUUGACUUUAAAAAAUUUUGAAGGCGCCCUUGCUGAUUUUAUUAAUGCUUCCUGCUCAAGUAGCAAGUGAUUGAUAUGUUGCUCUCACUUAGAUCAUCGUAUCUUGCAGGCACCUUCUUCUUUCUUCUUUUAAUUGCAAUAUAAAUUGGAUCUCUCAGUUGUGAAA